CUCUGGCCUUGCGAAUUUCUUGUUUCCUGAUAACAUAUAUCUAAUUAAGUUAAUCUACUCUUGAAUACCUCUAAAAUGGUGCUCCUUCAGUUUCUCAAUCUGUAUUCGAACUAUUAGUGAUCGGUUUUCAAUGAUAACCUCUCGUAUAUUAUUCAGAACGUGUGUGUAAUCGUGACAGUUACCGCAGCCUAAGCUCAUGUUUUGGUUGUACUCAGAGUACUGCUGUUCUUGUGAUUUAGUUACUUACACAAAAACUUUCCGGCCCCAUGAGAAUGUCAAAGAAUAAACUCAACCUUACCCUGCCAGCUGGGGCAAUAGAACCUCCAUCUACCACUCCGUCAGCCCCUCCGUCAGCGACUGUUAAUGAGUAUUCCGAGAAGAGCAGCAUGAUGGGUAAGACAAGCAUUGAGGCCCUUCAAGCCAGGCUGGAAGAACUGGGCAUGGAUGCAGUGCAACGAAAACGGUUAGAAACCUUCUUAUGUCAAAAGGAACAAAUUGGAAAGGAGCUCACUGAUGCUGACUUCGAAAAAUUAGGAGAAUUGGGCACAGGCAACGGUGGAGUUGUUGUCAAAGUGCGUCACAAGUCAUCGGACUUAAUCAUGGCUCGAAAGUUAAUUCAUCUAGAAGUGAAACCUGCGAUAAAGAAACAAAUCAUCCGAGAGUUAAAAGUCCUUCAUGAUUGCAACUUUGCCCACAUUGUGGGAUUCUAUGGAGCAUUUUACAGUGAUGGAGAAAUCAGUAUUUGUAUGGAAUACAUGGAUGGUGGCUCCUUAGAUCUUAUCCUAAAGAAAGCUGGACGCAUUCCUGAAUCCAUCCUUGGUAUUAUAACGCACGCUGUUUUAAAGGGACUGAGUUACUUAAGGGAAAAGCAUGAUAUAAUUCACAGAGAUGUGAAACCUAGUAACAUAUUAGUGAAUAGCGGUGGAGAGAUUAAAAUCUGUGAUUUUGGAGUUUCGGGUCAACUCAUCGAUUCAAUGGCAAACUCAUUCGUGGGAACAAGAUCAUAUAUGGCUCCUGAACGGUUGCAAGGUACACACUAUUCAGUUCAAAGUGACAUUUGGUCACUGGGCUUGUCCUUAGUUGAGAUGGCAAUUGGCAUGUACCCCAUCCCACCACCCGAUGCAGAUAUGCUGGCGCAGAUCUUCGGCUCGAAAGGAGGUGACACGUCCAGCCAACCAUCCCCUAGUCAAGAGAACUGCAAUGGUCCACAGCCACAGCCAAUGGCAAUCUUUGAGUUGCUGGACUACAUAGUCAAUGAGCCUCCACCACGGCUUCCUGAGGAGUAUUUUUCAAAGGAAUUCAGGGACUUUGUAGAUCGCUGCUUAAAGAAAAAUGCAGCUGAGCGCGCUGAUUUAAAAACGCUCAUGAGUCAUGAGUGGAUCAGUAAGUGCGAGGCGGAUAAUGUUGAUUUUGCAGACUGGGUUUGUAAGACUGUCGGUAUCGAGCCACCCAAAACACCCACCAAGAAUAGUUCAUCGUAAUUGAGUUUCGAGGAACAGUAGCACCAGAUUGUCCUGGUGGACUUCAGCAAUUUAGGCUCAACUGAAUUUUAAGAGGAUAUUUUCAACAUUCUGUAGAAUCCAAAGAGUAUAACCUAGCAUACAUCAGCCCAUGGAGGUCAGAAAUUAUUCCCUCUGUUGAAAGUUCUGUUUCAUAUGCCUGCCUGCCCAGUUCAGUUCUAUGCAAUAAUCGGCACAGCUGGUAAAUCAAGCCCUCAGUGUCAUCUUAAUGCCCAAAUGUCCAUAAGAAUCAUCACUCGUUUUUUGAGUUCAGUCCCAAAAUGAUACCUGAAUCUUUUGAAAGUUUUAUACAAAACCCAUUGAAAAUAAUAAAGGGAAUAGUCCAGUCUCAGCGUUCAUAGUUAUAGCCAUAAAAAAUGGCAGCUAUGAAGCAGAGUCAAGCAGCUAGGUCAUUUUAUCAUUUAGAGGUUGAUUUUUUCCAUUGGACUCAGUUUGUUUUAAUGAGCCAAUAUACCUACAAGUCAACUCUUAAAUAAUGGACAAAACAUGUCUCUUGACUUUGCCCCCAGUUGUCCUCAGAUUUCUAUGGCGUUCACCGUAGAACCCCCUAACCAUGAAAGAAUUUAGCGUUUAAAAGGAAUCAAAACGUUAGCGUGAGAUCUCAGUUUCAAUUCUGGGAACUCUUGUGAAAAAUACUGGAAAAAUAGAGGAAUGUCCAUCAAAAAUCUGAAGUCUUAAGUGAACGCCUUAUGAUGUUGAAAUUCAUCAUGGAGGAGUUUUAUGUGGAUAUUAACACUUCUUAGCAAUACUUUACCUGCAACAUCAAGUCUGCAAUCUCAGACAUCACAUUUAAAAACACCAAAAGGAUUUUUCAGUUAAUACUGAAUGAGUACAAAUGAAACAAGAUCUAUGAUGGCUGAACGCAUUUUUCCCCCUUUUUUUUCUUGUUUUCCUAAUUAAAUUUAGUUUAAUUUCAUUUGGGGAAAAAAAAAAAAAAAAAUUAACACAAAAUUAAAGGUGGGGAGUGAUAUUGCCAUGAAAAUGUUUCCCUUUUUGGGGUAAACUCUCUCUCUAGAAGUCACAAGAGUCAAUUUUGUUACAAAAAAUCAAUGCCUUGGUUCUCGCUGAAAGUUGGUGUACAGUGAGAAUAGCCAUCAGAUGUACUUUUUUGUUUCAAAUAUAGUUCAGCUACUCCAUUGAAUCACUGAUAUGCAUUAAAAGUCGAAAAAAAAUUGACAAAAUACGUAUAAUAAUAUUCAAGCUAGAUUAUCACUAACCCUUUAUUCUGGAAAUAAUUCAAAAUUCAUAUACUAUGUUGAUAAUGUGAUGUUUAUUCCCCAUUCCCUGAAAGGUUCUCAAGUAAGAGGUUUUGCCAUAAAGCUGAUAACAAUGUUUUCACGAUUUCAGAGCAAAAUCUGUUCUUAUAGGUAUUUAAAAGAUUUGAGCCAUAACCAAGAAUACAUAAAAAAAUAGUUUGGGAUCUUGACAACGAAAUCUAAUUUUAUGGACAAUGAAGCAUCCUCAGAAUGUAGAAAUUAAAAAAGUUCAGUGCAAUGCAGAUGAAGUUUAGUCUAAUUCAUGGUAAUUUAAGCUUUGUGUCUCUUAUGCUUUUGAAUGUAUUUGAAAGUGUGAGCUCUAUUAUUUCUCAUGAAAAUUGAUCGUUCAGAACAACCUCUUUUCGUGUGAAGCUAAUGUAAGAUGAAACUUGUUGCCCCACAAAUAUGUAUAAUUUAGGCCAUGUUUUAAUUUUUUAUUUAUUUAUUUUAUGCAAUGUGUAUCAUCUCAAUUAUAAGGAAACUUCUAUGAUCACAAAAAAUCUUGUGUCUUAGAGGAACAGCAUCUUAGAUACAACACACACAGCAGCAUUUCUGAGAAAUUGGGUUUUCUGGGUUAGUGAACAGCAAUUCAAAAAGUUCUUGGCCCACCCAUUUUUUAAAACCCCUUAUCCCACAAAAAUCUCAAAGUGAUAACUUUUUUUGUUGCUCUGACCUCAUAAAUUGUUGCAUUUAUGCGAAAAAAAAACGUAAAUGUCUCCCUGGUUUCUUAAAAAAAACCUUAUCAUUUCUGAAACAAGUUCUUGGGGUCCUCCCUUAAGCACCAAUCGUGGACACCCCCCCCUUCCUCCCCCGGUUUCAUGAUCAAGAACUUUUUGCAUCUCUUUUAGUAAGCCUGGCAAGAAUUGAUGAAGAGCUCAGCUGUUGAGGUGCUGGGUCACUUGCGACUUGUCAACUUACGCUCACCAACAUCUGUGUCUAAGAUGCCGUACUUUAAGUGGUAGAGAGGCCAGAGAAAUAUAACAAGGUUGAGAACUAGGCUCCAUUGACCUGUCAUCUUAACAUUCGACUAUAUAAGUCCACAAUUUCGUUGAAUUCACUUAUUUUGUACCUAAGUCUCCUUAAACCCUUUUUCAGGCAAAAAUAAAUAUUAGCUAUGUUUUUGUUGGUAUUGUUGGCUGUUUAAAAAUAGUCCCUGCCUUAAUAUCGAAGAAAGGAGGUCAAUUUUCUCAUUUCAUCAAUUCCAUUUUAAUGUUGUGAAUUUUCAGACUGAAUGGCAAUUUCCACUGUGAAUUUCAAGAUUUUUGUCUCCUUUCUGACAGUUUAUUCACUGUUUGAGCCCAAGUGAAAUAUCCUCAGAGCGGACCAAUUUUGUCACCAAUCCUACCUCAAUUGCAUCUGAUAUCCGAUUAAUUUUUUUUGUUUGUUUUUCUUGCUUUGAUUUAAUUGUUUCAAAUUUUUGGUCACUAGCAGAUUGAAUCCUUUUGUAGAUACUCAUUUGUUAAGUCGUCAGAUUAUUCAAAAAAAUUUGCAGCGAGUAAAAUUGACCUCAUCAUUAGGCCUCAUCAAGCAGCAUAUUAGGCGAGAAAUUUGUUUUUUGUUGCUCUGCUAGUCUCACUUGAUACUUAGCUCCACAUUUUAUAAAAAAGGGAUGAAACUUUCUCCUCACUGACAAGCUAAAUAAAUGAAAGAAACUCAUAAUCAUGCCCAGUUUUCACAAUAUUUCGAUCAUAUAAACUCUCUGUGCUUAAUUAUUGUGAGGUGUUUUAGAGGCGAAAAACAAAUUGAUUUCUCUGAUCAUAUUAAAAAAGAUAUCUGAUGUGAUGUCAAUUUUCUCCUCAGCUGGUUCAAUCUGUGCGACUGAAAAUAGGAUGAAUUCUGUCAUAAUUCGCCAAAUCUUUUUUAUUUUUUUUUGGUCGGGAACAAGUUAAAUUUUAAUCCUCUCCUUCCUAGCAACAGUGCAUGCUAAAAGCCAUCAGUGUCUCCACGUAUAACUGGCUUACUAUGAUAAAAGUCUAAAGUGAUUGGUGUUUGGAGAAUCCCUCUCUGAUGCUUUGACAUGAUGAUGAUGAAACUCUGAAGAAAAAAGCUCAGGCCAUUCUGAUGUGCUAAGCGCUAAGUAAGAGUAGAAUGAAGUAUAGGGACUCUCUUAUCUCCUGUCGCUUUUAAUAAUUUUCAUUCAUCGAAUGCCAACAAUUGGUUUUAUCAAAUGUCAUUCUAUCCCGGUAAUAUUCAAAGGAAAAUUUUACCGGUGCUCUCUCUAAAAUUGUGUUUAUUUUUUGUUGAAUGUUUUACUAAAAAUGAAGGUAAUAUUUUAAAAUUACCAGCAGGAAAAAAUGUAUUACUCACCCUCAGUUUGUUUGAUUUUUUACGAGGUACCUACAUGUCAUCAGAAUCACAUUUUAAGUUGAAGUUAUGGUUUAUGCAAGCUCUCCAAGCAACAAUUCAGUUUUGUCCAACCCAAUCGAUCCUGCCUUCUUAUCAUCAUUUAAUCAGAUCGAAAGAGCUCUUGAAUAUAGUAGUAAUUCGAGUCUUCGAAUCUGAUGGUCCACUGUUUUGUUCUACAGUAUUAUCAAUUUAUAAGUUUCUGAGUCUUCUGCUGUGGUUAUUAAUGCAUAUAAUCUUAUUUGUGCUUUCAAAGGGCAACAUAUUUUUAUUUCCUACUCUCAGAACCAUUCAAAAAAUAACUAUGCGUAAAUAUUUAUAAUUGUUAUUCCUUUUAUCAUCUGCGUUAGGUACUUUGCAUUUUGUUACGCACCAGAAUUACUUCUCAUACAUUAUAAAAAGUAAUAUCUUGCAAAUUUGUCUAAAUUCUAAGGAUCUCUUACCUCUGCCCUUGGUUUGGAUUGUUCUCCAUCUUGUUCCAUUCUGUUCAAUAUUUGGUACUUAUGUUUCAAAAACUGUCAUUUCUCUUCUAAGUGUAACAGCUUGAAAAAUGUAUGUGUCUCUGUUAAAAGAUAUUUUAAAAAAUAAAUGAAAAAUGAAAAAAA